UGAGCCAUGUGGAUGAGAGACGAGCACCCUGACUGCUGCUGGGCUGAUUGAGGUCUAAACUCGGAUCCACUUCCUCGUACGGCACAUUUGACAGAAUGCAUCCCAUCAUUCUUCUCUUUGUCAUUUCUCUGCUUCACGCAUAUGAAGCCCGAGGCUCCGACACUGUGACUCCUGUAUUUGUGCAGAAGGGGAAGGAUCUGCUUCUCAACGUCACGGCUCCUGUUAAAUUAGUUGAACGGAGUGAUUUUAGAUGGCAAUUUAACAAUUUAAGCAUAAUAAGAUUAUUUGAUGAUAACAAAACAAAAACAAUUGGCCCCUAUCAUGGAAGGGUCGAGAUUUUUCUCCAAAAUCACUCUUUGCUUUUGAAGAAUGUGCAACAAGCCGACAGUGGACGUUACACUGCAGCCGUUAUCGGGGAAGAAAUCAAUUAUGUGGGUAAAUACAGCGUCACAGUUCAAGAUCCAGUGUCUCCGGUUAAUGGGACAGUGGACUUACUCUCCUCGAGCUCCGACUCCUGUAACCUCACAGUGACCUGCAGCACACAGGACUCCCAUCACAUCAACAGCACUUUUAGAUGUGAGGCCAACACCUGCAGCCAGGAGGAGGGAGGAGAGAGGUCAAAGGUCACGACCUCCGGCACCUCCCUCCGUGUCUACCUGUCCAAAGGCUUCUCAGUUAUCUGUAACCAUAGCAACCAGGUCAGCUCGGACGAGCACACAACAAUGAUUCGGGACUUUUGUUUCUCAAAUCCUGAUGAAAGGGAGGAAAUGAAAAAUACAGUGUACGAAACUGUUCAGGUCAAAAGCGUGAACCCACUUAUGGAUCAGAAUCCAACCGAUGAUGCUGCAGCUCCUUCUCCGUCCUCCAUCUACAGCGUGAUCGAACUCAGGUCCAUGAAAUCCACUGAGGCCGGAGACACGACUCAGCCUGAGAGCCUGUAUGCUCAGGUGGACAAGUCGGCCCUGGCCUGAAGAAAAUCUGAAAUUGUCUUCCACAUUCUGCCUUUUGGACAAUUUCCAGUAUUAUUGUUGCUGUGCGUCAUGUUAUAUUUUCCCUGGGAAGUUUUGGGAUUUUUUUUCAUCCAGAACCAGAACCAGGAGCAUCUGGAACAGCUCCGCCCACUUUAAAACUGUUAUUGUAAUAUGUUUCAUAUCUUAUUUAAAAAGAUACCUGAUGAAUGUUAAUAUGAAUUGUAAAUCUAGUAUUUCUCAUACAGAUGUGUACUUAUUCUUUCUAAAGACCUGGUUCAACUCAUUUAUGUGUUGCAGCUUAAGCAGAUUUUCAAUGUUUAAAAAGACAAAAGUUUGUAACAGUUCUUUAAAUUGUUCCUUUAAGUUAAUCUCAA